GUUUUAUUAAUAAUAAUUUCAAAAGUUUAAUAUAAAUUAAAACAAAUCGUUUAAAUAAGCAAUGAAAUCAAUAAUACUAUUAGUUAUAACUUUAGCGGCGGUUGUAUUGACGACAAACGCUUGGGACGAGUCGGAGAUCACUGGUUACCACUUUCACACCUAUUUCUUUCAAAACAACAAAAACAGUUAUCAAAGAGCUUUGCUUUUUAGGCGUCAGGUUCACGAGGAGAUUGAGCGUGGUGUUUUGAAGGGAUGUCGUGUGAACCACUUCAAUGUGGUGCCGACGGGUCCGCAUCCGAUCGGCAGUUUCGAGACCUGUUGUAACUCAAGCUCUCUAUCGCACGGCAUGUCGUGGUUUAUGUUGAACAGAGGCAACCAAUCGGUACUGUUUCACCCGUUGACCCGAUACGAGAUCAUCGAUCACACCGAUCGGGUCAUGUUUCUCGGCUCUCCCCUAUUCAUAGACCUCACGCCUCUGGAGGCCGAUCGCCACGAGGCCGACACUUGCGAUCCCAUACCCUAUGUCGAGCCCACACCUCAACCCCACGAACAAUAACGCUAGUAUUGUGUGAACUAUUGUUGUAAUCAUAACUGCGAUCAUAAAUAAAUUUUAUUUAAGAAAUGACAA